AGCGGUAUGCCAUGAUGAGGCGGUAAUUGAGAAGUUUGGUAUGCUGUUGGUUGUAAAUGCACUUGGCAGUGUUUUAAAAGUGCAGGAAAAUAUAUCAUAAUCUUUUACUCCUUCUGCCAGUCGACUUUGACGUUUGAGAAGUGCCUAAACAUUCUGUGCUACCAGCUGUGAUAGUCGACACAAGUGUCAAGGCAUGAAGGCACGCCAGAAAUGUGAAUAGUGUGUUGUGUUGCCUGCGCCACUGCGAGUGAGUUGUGUUUAAGGAAGGGCAUUUGUUGUAUGUCAUGAUGUAUGAUCAUUGAGAGCAAAGUCUGACCAGUAAUGACCCGAGAUAAAACAGAAGGCUGCCUUUAUCAUUGAUGUUGAUGGUGCUCUUCCUGACGUUCGUGGGAAAGUAGGUAGAGAAGCCUACUUUUAUGAGGCGAUGACAGUCUAUCACAGAAUAAGCAGAAGCCUUUGAGUUGCUCAUUGGGCCUAUGAUUGUUUUGUUUUGAAUUGGGUCAGUGGAAUCAUGGCUAAUGUUUCCUCUGCAGACAUGACAUGUGCACUGUGUUAGUUUAUUCAAAUAGGCCUACAAUUAAGUGAUGGCUACAAUGGCUGCUCUCGCUACAAGAACGUGCUUCCAGAACCUAAAAUGGUCCAUGCGUCAGCUAGGGCUUUCCAGUGCGUCUCGUCAAGUUCCACAAGGUGCGCGACUGGGUAAAACAAGAGUUGCUCCUCUGUUGGUCAGACUGCCAAAGAUAGCACUGUUGUGCGGGGGCACUGUACACUGCAUGUCCACUUGCACAGCAAGCUGCCAGGAAGCCUGGGCGCCCCCCCGGCAGCAGAGGACAGAUGAGAGGAAAGCCAUUGCCAGAGUGGAGGUCCACAAGCUUCUGUUUGUUCUGCGUCUCAGCCUGAGAGCAGUGGUGCUCAUGCUAAAGUUUGGUCCACUGCUGCUGUUUCUUCCUUUGACACUGGUCUCAGAGCGCUGGGCGUCUCGCUGGCUGGACGGCCUGCUGUGGGUGACUGAGACCUCUGGGCCGACCUUCAUCAAGCUGGGUCAGUGGGCCAGCACGCGAAGGGACAUCUUCUCACGCGCUUUCUGCGACCGCUUCUGCAGGCUGCACGUCCACGUCCGCCCCCACUCCUGGGAGCACACGAUGCAGUGCCUGAGGAGGGCGUUUGGGGAGCACUGGAGACAGCUCUUUCUGUUCGAUUGCACGGAGCCAGUGGGGUCCGGCUGCAUAGCGCAGGUGUACCGGGCCCGGGCCAGAGUGCAGGCCGUGGAGGACCCAGCCUUCCAUCAGCUGGUGGAGGACCUGGAGAGGGAGGACCUCCUGGAGGCCUGGGAGAUCCCUGGGCUGGGGGGACCGCUGCAUUCACUACAGGACAUGGUGACGGGCGAGAAAGAAGAAUCAUUACCUCAACAAACUGGAAAAACAAAAUCUGCAGACUUGAAGAGUCAAGAUGAAGCUCCCGUGAAGGACCACCUGAUACCUGUUGCUAUUAAGGUGCUUCAUCCAGGCAUCAGGAGGCAGGUGGAGAUCGACCUGCUCCUCAUGAAGACGGGCAGCUGGCUCCUCAACUGCCUGCCGGGGUUCAAGUGGCUCAGCCUGCCGGAAAUAGUGGAAGAAUUUGAGAAGCUCAUGACCAGACAGAUAGACCUCCGCUAUGAGGCGAACAACAUCGAGAGGUUCCGGGAGAACUUCCGGGAUGUGAAGUAUGUCAAGUUCCCCGUCCCCCUGAGGCCCUUCGUUACCAGGACGGUGCUGGUGGAGACAUAUGAGGAGAGUGAGCCCAUCUCCAGCUAUCUCCAUGGAGACGUUCCCCAGGAGGUGAAGCAGAGGAUAGCCAGGAUGGGAGUGGACACGCUGCUGAAGAUGGUGUUUGUGGACAACUUCGUGCAUGGGGACCUCCACCCGGGGAACAUCCUGGUGCAGUGGAACCAAAGUUCUGUGCCGCAGCAGCAGGGUGACAAGGCUACGCUGACGGAUCUGUGGGACACGGUGGUGGUGAGCAUGCGCCCCGCCCCUCCCCCGCUACAGCUGGUGCUGCUGGACGCCGGCAUCGUGGCCCAGCUCAGCCCGGCCGACCUCCAGAACUUCAGAGCCGUCUUCACUGCCGUCGUCCUGCGACAGGGUGAGCGCGUGGCAGAGCUGAUCCUGAAUCACGCCAGAGCCAACGAGUGCCAGGAUGUGAGCCGCUUCAAGAAGGAGAUGGCACAGCUAGUGGACCAAGCCCUCAGUGAUACCCUCUCCCUUGGGAAGAUCCAGGUGGCUGAGCUGCUCUCGCGCGUCUUUGGGUUGCUCAUUCAUCACAAGGUGAAGCUAGAAAGCAACUUUGCCUCCAUUGUGUUUGCCAUCAUGGUGCUGGAGGGUCUGGGUCGAUCGCUGGACCCCAACCUGGACAUCCUGGAGAUCGCCCGACCCCUGCUGCUCAGGAACGCCGCCUCCCUCAUAUAGCACAAGAGGCAGACACAACUAGCAGUUUCAGGAACGCUGUCUCAGCACUUGCUACAGCAGCAGAAGCAGACGUACACACAGCACCCAGCAGUUUAUUUGAAGGAUUGUGUCUCCAUCAUGCAGUGUAGAGGCAAAGGUGGCAGACGCAGCACCUGGCGGGAAGUUACAAGGACUGUGUUUCCCUCCUAAAGCAUAACACACAGAGGCAGACAUAUGGCCGCAACUGGCGAUUAGCUUCAAGAACAGGGCCUCUCUCAUACCAUAUAGUGGGAUGACAGAGGCAGCAAAUGGCAGUUUGUUUCUGUGCCUCCCUCUUCCAAUAGGCACCUGAGAGCAACUGGCAGUGAGUUUCAAGAGCUGUACCUCCCUCUUACCUGAGGCAGCAAACGGCAGUGAGCUGUAAAGAGCAGUACCUCCCUCCUACUUGAGGCAGUAUCUUGGCAUUUGGUUUCGCACUACAUCAACACAUGACCUCAUGCACCGCAGACAGACCUCCAGCUGGGGGAACCGGAGGCAAAUGAGGUCAGGAGUCUGAAUGUUAAUGAUGCUCAGGGCACACGGUGCAGGGCUGUCUAUGUUGUUGAAGCUUUGGAGGAUAAAUAAAUAUCAACAUGGCCUUGCUGCUCUGCCCUGGCUAAUAGGCUUUCUCCAUCGCCAGGGUGUCAUUAGUUGAAGUGCCCCGAGCUGCUGCUCUUAUGUUCUGGGAUACGGUGUCAGACAUUGCCCCUGGAAGACUCCCAAAUGAGUGUCAUGAACCCAAACCUGCACAGAACUGUCAGUGAAUGAAAUACAAGCUUCAGCCCAUGCCCUUCCUUGUUUGUUUGUUCCAUAAGAAUAAAUGAAGUUCCCUCCCAUCUCGAAUUAAAUGCAACAGGCUAUGAACUCUGACCGAGACACCAUGGGGCAUUUUUAGUGCCGUUGUUUUGGGUAGGGUGCGCACACCCAAAAUUACUUGUUGCAAGUGCCAGACGAAAGUGUCAGACAGUUUAGGAAGGUAGGGCUGCACACCGCGGAAUAAACUCCAAAAAAUAAACUUAAUUCAAUUAAAAUGGCAACGUUUCUAUCACCCUGGAUCUUCAUCAGACAUCAUUUUUUGUAGCUUAUUCCGCAGUGUGCAGACCUACCUUCUCAAAAUAUUCUGUAGUGUAGUCAGUCGGUGAGCUCCUUUUGGCUAUUUGAGCAUUGUAGUGCAUCCCUACUUGUGGCCCCUGUAUGGGCUCAUUUGUCUGGCUCUUGUGUGCUCAGUGGAGGGUGCAGUAAGCACUCCACUCCCCCUGCUCUCAGGGCUGGACUGGGAUGAAAAAUCAUGCCGGGCAUUCUUUUUUAGCAAAGACCGGUCCAACAGGCAUUGAGAGAGACAAUUAAGAUAACUGACUAUUUGACAACAUUUUAGUCAAGCAACAUGACCUAUUUUGACUACCUCUGCGACAUGAGGACUGAUGACAUUGAGGGGAGGACCAGGCCAAAAUCAUCAACAGUCCACCGGGCAAAUGCCCUGUGUGCCAUAUGGACCAUCCAGCCAUGACUGCUCUGACACCUGAGGAGCCAGGCAUGCAUAGCAGACCACUAAUCCUCUUUGCCAUUCUCAAAUUACAGUUUACAGUGCAGGGCUGUCUGAUGCGGAUAGCUUUCAUUAUUCCGCUUUUCAGAGACAAUUAGGCAUCACAAUAGCUGCCGUAGCGCGUACAGUUGUCCUUCCCACAGAUUCAAAGUAAGUGCGCUGUUGUGUAUAAUAUUUACAUUUCCACUGACUGACAGCUCAUCUCAGGUGAACAGACUCCAAUGUAAUUCCAGUUGUGGUUUUCAGGUAAUUGUGUGCAGACAUGAGUAAGGUGGGACGCAGAGCUUGAUGUCAACUGCAUGAAUAUGGGUGCAGUUUAACACACAGUCAUGAAGGAUUGCACCGUGUCAUCCACAGGAUCAUUCUCAAUCCAUUUUUUUUGGUAAAAAAGCAAUAAAAACUAUUUUGUGGCAGCAUAACAAAUGUACAUUCUGUGAUCUCAUAAUUUAUGACAAUUCAAUUAUGUGUAUUAAAUUGUUCUUAAUCCACUGAAAGUGAAAGAUCUUUUGUUACUAUUACGUAUCUUUUGUUACUAUUACA